CCAAAGCAGAUUCCCAAGUGCUCGCUAAGACCAGAGGUGCCCAACCAUUCAUAAGCCCUUGCAAGGAGCCAGAAGGCAGAAGCACCUUUGAGUCAACGCGCAUCUCCAGGACCUAAAUAUCCUGUAAAUAAAGGUCAGUCUUCCUCGUUUGAGAGAGAAAGAGAGGGAGAGAGAAAGAAAGGUGAAAGAAAACACGACGGGGGCACAUCCUCUAGCAUGAAAAUCUGAGCCGGCCGGGGAAUCCUUUCUAUGACGGCACGAAGACACUACUCGCUCCCACGAACUCUCUUCACACCUCGCUUUUACUCCGAAGGGACGAUGGCUGGCAUUGCCCAAAUAACCCCCUUCCUGUACCUCAGCAAAGGCAGCGUCGCCUCCAACCGCCAACUGCUCUUAUGCCGCGGGAUCACUUGCGUCAUCAACGCCACCGUCGAACUCCCGAACCCCAACUUCCCCGACUUUGAGUACGUCCGGGUGCCCGUGGCCGAUAUACCCAGCGCUCCGAUUUCUCUUUACUUCGACAGCGUGGCAGACAAGAUCCAGAGCGUGGCUCGGAAGAACGGCGUCACUUUGGUCCACUGUGCGGCCGGGGUGAGCCGAUCGGCCACGCUGUGCAUCGCCUACCUGAUGAAGUAUCAAAAUGUCACCCUGUACGAGGCCUAUAACUGGGUCAAAUCGAGGCGCCCGGUCAUACGUCCGAAUGUGGGUUUCUGGAAGCAGCUGAUAGACUACGAAUGGGAGCUGUACGGCCGAAACAGCGUGAAAAUGGUGCAAACUGCUUAUGGGACGAUGCCAGAUGUUUACGUUAGGGGAGGGAGGGUCUUUAUGCCUUACUGGGGGAUCUGAAGUGAGGAAGCCGGAGCAGGUGGUGGUGAGACACCCUAAACUGGCCAGAUCGGAGAGGACCUGCUUCCACCCCUGUUUGGAAAGCAUCCCACCUCUUGGCUCCAGCUUCUUUUGGGUCGGCUGAACCUCAGAAGCAUCUUCAAAGCACUAAACCAGCAACCUCUUAAUCAAGGGGGCCUUAAAUCUACAUCCUGCGGAAUCACUUUUGUAAGGAAAAUUGCUUUUCGCAUCUGUAAAGUGGACUCUGCAAGUUCAUUUCAAGGAAAAGACGAAUUCACGACGUCGAAUCACUUAAAACGGGGAAGGAACAACGCACCUGGGUAGCUAUAUUGGGAUCAUUGAGGAUUAAUUAUUAUUAUUAUUAUUAUUUUUCUCACUUGUAAUAAAUGCUUUCUUGGCAAACCAUCUCGGAAGGAGGGACCAUAACUCUGUACCAUGUGGAAUUAAACAACAACAACAACAAAAGUAAUGGUCCAUCUCCGAAUAGAGAGGAAAUUAUUAAAUAUAAGUAUUUAAUCGGAAAGGUUUUCCAUUCCUUUCUGUUAAUGUAUAGCUCAGCUUUUGAAUUUCAGUUUGGGGGUGAAAUCAGGGUGGGGGAAACUGUCAGCUGGACAAUCUGCCACAAAUAAAAUAAUUUAGACAAUGCAAA